AGCUUGUAAUGUCCUGAAACCAAGGCAGCUGCGAAAGUGGAGUGAAUUAUCGGAGGUCCUUGCAGUUUAGCAGCAUUGAGAAGAAUGGGCUCCGUUUCAGAGAUGCUCGCAGUGGUCCCCCUCCACCAGAGGCCUGAUCUUCUGGAAUCCUGUGCUGACCUCAUCAAUGAAGAGUGGAAAAGGAGCAGGACUUCCCGCAUCCACUCCCUACAGAGGUCCACCAAUGACUUUCCCAUCUGCCUGGUGCUGAUUAGAACUCCAAGGGCAGAGGAGGAGGUCACUGAAGAGAAACUGGCCAAGAACCAGUGCCAGCUCCUGGGGCAUGCCAGGCUAUCCCGCGUGGUUGGGCACCCUAAAAGCUUAUUUGUGGAGACGGUUGUGGUCCCCAAAGCUAUUCGUGGAAAGGGUUAUGGGAGGAAACUGAUGGAAGCUGUUGAGAGUUACGCCAAGGCCCGUGGCUACAGUCAUCUGCACCUCACCACCCAUGACAAGCAGCAUUUCUAUGCCCACCUAGGCUAUACAUUGUCUAAGCCUGUUCAGUGUGCAGGAUUUGUGAGUUCUCUCAUCCCUUUGGAGUUUUUAGAGAGCUUGUCUCCUUCUCAGCAUGCAAGAUCUGGAAAAAACAAUCCAGGUGCAUCCAAUGGUAGCAAAGCUGGAGCAAAUCUCUGUCCAUUACCC